AUGGGCCACUACCACAUCUGCGUGGCCACCGGCGCCUGGCUCUUCUCCGGGUCGCACAACCACGUGCAGCUGUGGCUGGUCGGGGCGCGCGGGGAGGCGCAGCUGGAGCUGUGGCUGCGGCCAGCACGGGGCCAGGUGGAGGAGUUUGAGCAUGACGUCCCCAACGACCUGGGGCCCCUGCAGUUCGUGAAGCUGCGCAAACACCACUCGCUGGUGGAUGACGCGUGGUUCUGUGACUGUAUCACGGUGCGCGGCCCCGGCGCCGAGGAGGCCACCUUCUUCCCCUGCUACAGCUGGGUGCAGGGCCAGGACGUGCUGAGCCUACCUGAGGGCACCGCGCGCCUGGCAGGAGGCAAUGCCCUGGACAUGUUCCAGAAGCAUCGGGAGAGAGAACUGAAGGAGAGACAAAAGCUGUACUGCUGGGCCACCUGGAAGGAAGGGCUACCCCAGACAAUAGCGGCGGAGUGCCAGGACGAUCUACCUCCAAACGUGAGGUUCCAUGAGGAGAAGAGGCUGGACUUCGAGUGGACGCUGAAGGCAGGGGCUCUGGAGAUGGUCCUCAAACGUGCCUACACACUCCUGAGCUCCUGGAGCCGCCCGGAGGACUUUGAUCAGAUCUUCUGGGGCCAGAAGAGCGACCUGGCUGAGAAGGUUCACCAGUGCUGGCAGGACGAUGAGCUUUUUGGCUACCAGUUCCUCAACGGCGCCAACCCCAUGGUGUUGAGACGCUCCACCUCCCUGCCCUCCCGGCUGGUGCUGCCCUCAGGGACGGAGGCGCUUGGGGCCCAGCUGGAGAGAGAGCUCCAGAAUGGGUCCCUGUUUGAGGCUGACUUCAGCCUGCUGGAUGGAAUUCCGGCCAACGUGAUCCGAGGAGAGAAGCAGUACGUGGCCGCCCCGCUCGUCCUGCUCCAAAUGGGGCCCGAAGGGGAGCUGCUGCCCGUGGCCAUCCAGCUCCAGACCCCCAGCCCCGGCUGCCCCACGCCCCCGCUGUUCCUGCCCUCAGACCCCCCGCUCGCGUGGCUCCUGGCAAAGACGUGGGUCCGAAGCGCCGACUUCCAGCUGCACCAGCUCCAGUAUCAUCUGCUCAACACCCACCUGGUGGCCGAGGUCAUCGCCGUGGCCACCAUGAGGUGCCUCCCAGGGCUGCACCCCGUCUUCAAGCUCCUGAUCCCGCAUGUCCGCUACACCUUGGAAAUCAACACCCGGGCCAGAUCCCAGCUUAUCUCGGAAGGCGGUAUAUUCGAUAAGGCGGUGAGCACGGGCGGAGGCGGCCACGUGCACGUGCUCCGCCGGGCCAUGGCUCAGCUGACCUACGGCUCCCUCUGUCCUCCUGCCGACCUGGCCGAGCGGGGCCUGCUGGGGAUCCCCAGUGCCCUCUACGCCCACGAUGCUUUGCAGCUCUGGGAGAUCAUUGCCCGGUACGUGCAGGGCAUCAUGCACCUCUUCUACCCCGGGGACGACGUCGUGAGAGGGGACUCCGAGCUGCAGGCCUGGUGCCGGGAGAUCACCGAGGUGGGGCUGUGCCAGGCCCAGAACCGAGGUUUCCCCGCCUCCUUCCAGUCCCAGGAUCAACUCUGCCGUUUCCUUACCAUGUGCAUCUUCACGUGCACCGCCCAGCACGGGGCCAUCAACCAGGGCCAGCUGGACUGGUACGCCUGGGUCCCUAAUGCCCCGUGCACCAUGCGGAUGCCCCCACCCACGACCAAGGAAGACGUGAAAAUGGCCACAGUGAUGGGCUCACUACCUGACAUCCGCCAGGCCUGUCUUCAGAUGACCAUCACGUGGCACCUAGGUCGCCGCCAGCCAGACAUGGUUCCCCUGGGGCAUCACAAAGAAAAGUAUUUCUCAAGCCCCAAGGCCAAGGCGGUAUUAAGCCAGUUCCAAACAGAUUUGGAAAACUUAGAAAGAGAGAUCACAGCCCGGAAUGAGCAAGUGGCCCUGCCCUACGACUACCUGAAGCCCAGCCGCAUAGAGAACAGUGUGACCAUCUAGCUCUAGGGUGCCCCCGCCUGGAGGCCUUCGGACCAGCGCUAAGCCUGCCAUUCCCACCUUGAAUUCGGUGGAGUCCAGUCCGGGCUGCUAAAGCUCUACUC